CAACCGCCAGCGUAAUCGAGGAAAGAAAAGAAAACCCAGCGUAUAAAACUGGCAUCCGACUUCCUUUUGCCUCCGCUGCGUCUCCUCGAGCAGAGCAGAGCAGCGGCGUCGCCGGCGUUGCUGCUCCCGCGCCGCCGCAUCCUCGCUCGCCGGUGACGAUCCGGAAGAUUCUCUCUCUGUGCCUUGAAUAAACCCUCUUAAACCCCCCAUGUCACGCGAGCCUGCGGCGGCGGCGGAGGCGGAGGACGUCGUGGCCCGUCUCGGCACCGACGAGGCGACUGGGCUGACGGAGGAGGAGGCGGCGCGCCGCCUCAAGCUGUACGGGCCUAACCUCGUGGUCGCCCAUCACCCCCAGGUGGGUGGCAAGCUUCUUGCUACACUAAAGUGCAUCGUCCUGCUCUGGGGAUGGGAUCACUCCUUCACCGAGUACAUUAAAUACGAGAUUGGAUGGGAGUCAUGGGAGCAUCUUAUCUUCCCCUGCUCCAGGGAGAUGUUAUGUGUCAUGUUCAUCAAUUUCUCGUCAUGGGCGGCAUUGGCGGCUGCACUUGUGUCCCUUGCCCUUAACUCAGCUGGUCAGACAACCUAUGAACUGAUCGUUAUCGUCUCCUUACUUGUGGGAAGCCUGUGUGCAUGCUGUGUUGCCAAGCUCCUUGCCAAUCGUGCUAAGGCACCGCUGGAAGCUAAAGCUUUUGCGCGAAGGACCAAGGUUCUGAGGGAUGGAAUAUGGAAACAUGAGGAUGCGACCAAUCUUGUCCCUGGGGAUAUCAUAUAUCUCAAGUGUGGUGAUAUUGUGCCAGCCAAUGCUUUUGUCCUCAACAUGGCACAGAUCGACACCAAAACCAUCCGUCAUGAAAGGAGUGUUAACUAUGUGAUGGGCUCCCUUAUAUACUAUGGCUGGGCUGUCUCCUGUGGCGAAGGGACUGCUGUUGUUACUGUGACAGGCAAUAACAUCCCCAUGAGCACUCUGAAACAGCUUUAUCCAAAACGAUUCUCUCGGCCUGGGCAGCUUAGGAAGGGUGUCAUGGCUGCUGCCACUUUUUGCUUCUGCUUAGUACUUGUUGGCAUCACAAGUGAGGCUCUUGUUAAAUUCUUUUUCCAUCAAAGCAUAGGCACGCUGCACAGUGGCCACUUUAUGCCACUUAUUGGUCUAAUACCAAUGUCGAUUCCUGCUGUGCUCUACCUGGCAUUGGCAUUGGACUCUCAGAGGCUUUCCAAAUUGGGGGUUGCCAGCCGGGGAACUUUUGCUCUUGAAGACUUGGCUAGCAUGGAUGCUAUGCUCUUCAACAUGACUGGCACUUUGACAUGCAACAAGCCCUAUUUUGACAAGGACAAGAUUGAAGUGCUUACAGAAGGUAUUGAUAAAGAUCAUGCUGUCCUGUUGGCUGCGCGGGCUUCCAAAGCACACAAUGAACUGUAUAAAGAACCGAUUGAUGCAGCCAUUCUAGGCCUUAUGGAUGAUCCAGAACAGGCACGAGUUGGCAUUAAUGUUAUAGAGCACCGCUCCCGUAUGUUUGUUGCAAUGACAUUGAUGUACAUGACUACUUACAUCGAUGAAAAUGGCUCCAAGUGUUCUGUGCUCAAAGGUGACCCUGCAUUGAUGCUUCGUGACUGCAGUUGUAGCGAAGAAGUCAGAGAGCAUAUACGCAAACGUAUUGAUAAGCUCGGUCUUGAUGGAUAUCAAUGUAUUGCUGUUGGACGUAUUGUUAACUCUCGGUUGGACAUCAUUAUUCUUCUACCUUUCAUAGAUGAUCUCAGAAGCGAUAGUGCAGAAGCUGUUGAUAAUCUUACUGAUAUGGGUCUGAGUGUAAUAGUACUUACAGAAAGCCCAAUGACAAUUACAAAGCACGUAUGUGGAAGACUUGGAAAACUGGGCUUAAAUGUGUUACAUGCUGACUCUAUGCGGGAGUUGGUAAGCAGCAAAAAUGAGCUUUUCUUGAAUAUCAAUGGGAUUUCUGAUCUCUUUGUAGAAUAUAACCGUUAUGUUAUAUCAAAUCUGAGAACUUAUUUUGGUCGUCGUAGUGCAAUGGUUGGAUAUGAAUUUUCGGAUGUUGAUUCUAUCCGUGAAAGCGAUAUUGGAAUCGCAGUUGCCGAUGCCACUGAUAGCACCAAAAGUGAAUCUGAUAUUGUUUUGACUGAGCAUGCCUUGCUGUCUGUUUCUUCUGCUGUUCAAGCCAGUAGGGAAAUUUGUCAGAUCAUGAAAGGAUGCAUGGUUUAUGCUGUUUCAUCAACUGUCCAUGCUUUUGCUGUCCGUCUUAUUUUACUCCUAUGGAGACUCGAGCUACCCUGUUUCCCGAUGCUGGUGAUUGCUGCUUGCAACUACUGCACAUCAACUGCAAUGUUAUUUGAAAGGGUGAAACCAUCCCAGUCACCAGAUAGUUUGAAAGCAAACAAGAUUAUCGCAACUGGUGCUGCUUUUGGAAGCUAUAUUGCCCUGAGUACAGUCGUUUUUUUCAUAAUGACUACUAGGACUGACUUCAUAUCUCACAUAAUCAAAGCUAGAUUGCUUGUUGGCCAUGAUGAGGAGAUUAAAUCUGCCUUAUUCCUUCAAAUGAGCAUUGUUAACCAUGCUAUUGGACUUUUCGCACAUUCACGCGAUGGCCACUGCUCUGGGCCUAUUGUUACAAUUUCUUCUGUUCUAUCUCAACUGGUGGCAACCGUCAUUGCUGUUUAUGGUGACGUGAACUCUCCUCUACCAAAGGGCAUUGGCUGGGGCUGGGCAGGAUUUAUCUGGCUCUACAACUUUGUCUUGCUUUUGAGCCUCAUGUUGAUCUGUGACCUGUGUAACCUUGCAAAGUUCAACAUAUUUGGGAUAACCUGCAGGAGGCUGUUCACUGGUUGGACCGAGUGGAUGGAGAGGUGCAGGAGGCUGCUCAACAGGGGUAAAACGUGGAUGGAGAUGUUGACCUUAACUGCUAUCUCAGGCUUGAUUCUUGUCUGGUCGAUAUAUGCAUAUCAUGUCAUGAAGGUCCCGCAGCAGUAGGGUGGCACUUGACAGGUAGCCUUGACAUUAACAUAUAGCUUUAGGUCGCAAAUUAGUGACUAAGCAAUGUAGCAAUGUAUAUUAUUAACCCGUGUAAAGUAAAUGUCAUCGACAUGGUUUUGUUUCUGUCUUUUUCUUUUUUCUUUUCUUGGGUCCGGGCUUCUACUGCCGUAUAAUUUUGAUAAGAGGGAAGUAUAUGGGUGGUCAACUUGUGCGGAUGUGUCAUUCGAAUCUGAACUCUCAAAAUAUAUUUUGGGUAUCAAACUUGUUUUGGGUGUCAUGUAGGCCCAAACGAGCUCUGACCUGUUUUAUGCA